AUGUUCCUUGCAAUCAUCAACGACUCGUAUGUCGAAGUAAAAGCCGAACUGGCACGCCAGAAAGAUGGUUAUGGUAUUUUCGAUUGGAUUAGAAAGAAACUUACCGGUGGGAAGCGGAAUGACAAGACACUUACUACUUACAACGACUACAAACUCGAAUUGUUGACGGCUGGCUACAACGAGAAGGACGUUACGGACGCGUUCGAGAAGCUGAACAUAGACCUUGACGACGAAGUCAACAAUGACGCUCUUGUUGAGGUUGGAAAUGAGAUCAGGGAUCAGGUUGCCGCAAGAAAGUCAUCGAGGAAGAGUAUCGUUCAACCGCAGUGUAAGUGA